UCCGACAUACUUCACUACCAUAUAUAUGUUCCUUUCCACUUAAAGCCAUUAAAGGUACUUACUUCAGCAUUGUGUUAUCACAAGGAAUUACUGAGGCAUCAAACUGCUUAGCCACACCAUGAAGGUUUGGGAGCGAGUCAUUGAGUAUAGGGUGCAGAAAGAGGUAUGCAUCUCUGAGAACCAGUUUGAUUUCAUGUCUGGCAGAUCGACUACAGAGGCCAUUCACCUCGUGAGGAGGUUAAUGGAAGAGUAUAGGGCUAGGAAGAAGGACCUUCAUAUGGUGUUUAUUGAUCUUGAGAAGGCGUAAUAGGGUGCCAAGGGAGGUCUUAUGGAGGUGCCUUGAGACGAGAGAAGUUUCCAUCGCGUACACUCGCACGAUCAAGGAUAUGUAUGGUGGGGCUAGGACUAGGGUAAGGACCUCCGGGGGCGACUCUGAGUCAUUCUCGGUAGGGAUGGGGUUGCACCACGGGUCUGCCCUUAGCUCUUUUUUGUUCGCAUUGGUGAUGGACGUCCUGACACAAGGUGUUCAAGAAGGGGUCCCAUGUUGCAUGCUUUUUGCGGAUGAUAUUGUGCUUAUCGACGACACACGUGAGGGACUGAACGAUAAGUUGGAACUGUGGCGCCUUACCCUUGAGACUAAAGGAUUCAGAAUAAGUAGGAACAAGACUGAAUACAUGGAAUGUCAUUUCAGUGGUCGGGAAACAGAAUCAGAAGUGGAAGUUAGGAUUGACUCUCACCUAGUACCUAAGGUAGACAGGUUUCGAUAUCUUGGCUCGGUAAUUCAGGCUGAUGGGGAGUUAGAUGGGGAUGUUGGACAUCAUGUUGGAGCGGCUUGGGCGAAAUGGCGGUUGGCUUCAAGGGUGUUGUGUGAUCCGAAGAUUUCGCCCAGGAUGAAAGGUAAGUUCUACCGGUCCGUAGUCAGACCUGCUAUGUUAUAUGGGGCAGAGUGUUGGGCGGUUAAGAAGACUCAUGUGCGUCGUCUGCAUGCGACGGAGAUGCGGAUGUUACGAUGGAUGUGUGGGAAGACAAGGUUGGAUAAGAUUUCGAAUGAAGUUAUCCGACGUCAGGUUGGCAUGGCGCCGGUGGAAGAUAAGUUGCGGGAAACGAGGUUGAGAUGAUUUGGUCAUGUGAGACGGCGGAAUGCUGACGCCCCUGUACGGAGAUGCGAGAGGAUUACGGUUGUUGGGGGUAGUAGGGGAAGGGGUAGACCUAGGAAGAAUUGGAAGGAGGUGAUUAGGCAGGAUUUAAGACUUCUCACCCUGACUGAGGAUAUGGCUUUAGAUAGGAACCUUUGGAGAACUAGGAUUAAAGUAGCUAGAUAGGAGCCCGGUGCUGCAGAGGUUUUUUGUAGUGUGUUGUGUUUGGUUGGAAUCUUUUGCUAUUGCUUGCAAGACUUUCAUUCCAUUGUACUUGGUGCUUUAUCUGUGUUGUACUGUGUUCCCUACCAUAUUUUUUGUGCAGGUUGAGCCGGGGGUCUCUUGGAAACAGCCUCCCUACUUCCUGCAUUGUGUUAUCACAAAGAAAACUAAGUCAUAGAUCCAUUGGAGUACUCUUGACCUUUUCUGUCGUUAACUUGCUUGGUUCUCUUCUCCGCGUUAAUAUUUUUCAACGUAUUCUGUAUUGACUGUAUAAUAAUUCCCACGGAAGCGCUCGAUUUCCAAUCAGCAGAACUGCAGAGGACAAGUAGUCCACUUAGAACACAACAAUGGAAGAAACUGAUAGGAUCUAGAAUAAUUGUAUUACUCAAGGGUUUUAUUAUUGUUAUGAUCGUAAUUUUGAAAGGCAAGCUCCUCCCUUGCCUAAGGCGCCUCAAGCAUCCGGGCGACCUUUUACCGCCCUUUAGAUGUUCAGGCCUGAGUCGCUUGCUUUUCUCGCCUGAGUUGUUCGUCUUUCUCGCCUUACUGGCUAUGGGUCUUUUAAGAAAUGAGCUUGCAUUUU